AUGGAGACGGAACUAGUCUCAUUCCUGGGGGUCAUGCUCGCCACCGCCCUCCUCGUCGUCACCGCCCUCCGCCGCAAGCGCGGCUCCACCCGCAACCACAAGCUCCCACCAGGUCCUCGCCCGUGGCCGGUGAUCGGCAACCUCAACCUGAUCGGCUCGCUCCCGCACCGCUCCAUCCACGCGCUCUCGGCGCGGUACGGCCCGUUCAUGUCCCUCCGCUUCGGCUCCGUCCCCGUCGUUGUCGGCUCGUCCGUGGACGCGGCCAGGUUCUUCCUCAAAACCAACGACGCGUCGUUCAUCGACCGCCCCAAGAUGGCGUCCGGCAAGCACACCGCCUACGACUACUCCGACAUCGUCUGGUCGCCCUACGGCGCGUACUGGCGCCAGGCGCGCAAGCUGUGGAAGGCCCAUCUCUUCAGCGACCGGCACCUCAGGUCGCAGGAGCACGUCCGCAGCGAGGAGCUGCGCGUGCUCCUGCGAGACCUGCGCGCCCUGUCCUCCGCGGGUGUCGUCGCGCUCAAGGAGCACCUGCUCAUGCUGAGCCUCAACGUGAUCUCGCGCAUGGCGCUGGGCGGCAAGUACGUCGGCGAGGGCACUGCUGGCUCGCCGAUCUCGCCGGCCGAGUUCAGGUGGAUGGUCGACGAGCUCUUCCUCCUGAACGGCGUGUUCUGCGUCGGGGACUUCAUCCCGUGGCUCAGCUGGCUGGACCUUCAGGGCUACGUCGGGAGGAUGAAGAGGCUGGGCAAGAUGUUCGAUCGCUUCUUGGAGCACGUGGUCGACGAGCACAGCCAGCGACGCCGGCGAGAGGGCGACAAGUUCGUCGCCGCGGACAUGGUGGACCUGCUGCUGGAGCUCGCCGACGACCCCAAACUCGAGGUGCCCAUCAAACGGGAUGGCGUCAAGGGAUUCGCUCUGGAUCUCAUCGCUGGCGCCACGGACUCCUCAGCGGUGACCAUCGAGUGGGCCAUGUCGGAGCUCCUGCGGAAGCCUGAGGUCCUCGCCAAGGCCACCGAGGAGCUGGACAGCGUCAUUGGCCAUGGCCGUCUUGUCACCGAGCAGGACAUUCCGAACCUGCCGUACCUGGAGGCCAUCGUGAAGGAGACCAUGCGCCUGCACCCCGUGACGCCGCUGCUGGCGCCGCGGCUGUCUCGAGAGGACGCGUCCACGGGCAGCUACGACAUCCCGGCAGGCACGAUCGUGUUCGUCAACGUCUGGGCCAUCGGCCGCGACCCCGCCGUGUGGGGCGGCGACGCGGAGGAGUUCCGCCCGGAGAGGUUCGUCGGCAGCGGCGUGGACGUGAAGGGGCAGGACCUGGAGCUGCUCCCGUUCGGGUCCGGUCGCCGGAUGUGCCCGGGCUACGUCCUCGGGCUGAAGAUGGUGCAGGUUACCCUGGCGAACCUGCUGCACGCCUUCGCGUGGCGGCUGCCGGACGGCGUGGCGCCGGAGAAGCUGAGCAUGCAGGAGAAAUUCGGACUGGCUGUUCCCCGGUUGGUCCCUCUCGAGGCCGUUGCCGUACCCAGGCUGCUUGCACACCUCUACGCCGGGCCUUGA